AUGUUUGACAACUCACAAUAUCCAUACAAUUGCUUUAAUUAUGACGGUGAUGAAUAUCCUACAUGUAGUUCUGAUGAAGAGAAGAAAAUCUCUAGACCGGCAUACAGCUAUAUCGCCUUAAUUGCAAUGGCCAUUCAGCAGAGUCCUGGCAGCAAAGUGACACUCUCAGGAAUCUACGAUUUUAUAAUGAAAAAAUUUCCAUACUACAGAUCAAACCAGAGAGCUUGGCAGAAUUCCAUCAGGCACAAUUUGUCUCUUAAUAGUUGCUUUGUAAAGGUUCCAAGAACGGAAGGAAAUGAGAAAGGAAAAGGAAACUACUGGACAUUCGCGUCAGGUUGUGAAUCCAUGUUGGAUCUGUUUGAAAAUGGAAAUUACAGGCGAAGGAGAAGACGCAGAAACAUAAAAAGAGGAGUUAAGGAUCAUUUAGUCAGGGCAGACAAUCCUUCAACUCCUGAACCCACAGCAACUGAAGCAUGUGUGCAUGUUGCCUCCUACAAUCAAAAUCCAGCAGAACCUGAAUCUACACAAAUGGAAUCUGAAAUUUUCUUUCAGAGUGAUACUGUUGGCAGACAAGGUCAACACAGCUUGUCCCCUGGAAAACCUGAUUCAGAAAUUAAAUUUAGCAUUGAUUAUAUUCUGUCCUCUCCGGAUCCACCACAAGGACUAAGGUCUCCACUCACCUUUCAGGCUGAUAAAGGUCACCGAGUGGAGGCAGCUCAUAUGAAUAUACAGUUCUGGACAGUAUACGGUCCAAAUGAAGUGUAG